CCUCACAUCACUGUAUUUUGCACACCUAGGAGUUACUUCAGGUUAAAACGGGUCUUGAAGCUUUUCUCUUGCUUAUCCGUGGUCUUGUUCUUUUCCUUUUCCAGGUUAAAAAGUCUAAUUAUAAGGCCUAAUUUUGUGACGACGUAACUACUGUCAUGGCCUCCGACGCAGCAUCCCAGAUUUCCGUUGGUGCUUUAAGUGCAAUCUUCGAUGAAACAAAGCCCCAGAUACGCGAGCCCGUUGUUCAGUGUGUCCAGAUCAAACCAUUGCCACCUCAGCAGAACAAUCAAGAGCGCUACAGAGCCGUUUUCAGUGAUAUAUCCAAUUAUGUCCAGACAAUGCUAGCGACCCAAGCCAAUCGAUUCGUUACAAGUGGGCAACUCCGGAAAGGGUGUUUCGUUAGGCUCAAGUCUUUCCAGGCGAAUUCGGUGAAAGGGAAAAAGAUUCUUAUAAUUUUGGAUUUGGAGGUUUUGCAGGACAUGGGCGAGGCUGAGAAAAUUGGUGAGCCCAAGCCUUUAGAGAGUAAGACGGAAGAGGAUGAGAAGCCCCAGCCUACUACGAUAUCGAGCAACGGAUUCUAUGGCUCCAAAAUCCAAGGUGGACAACCACAAGCGCCCAGCAAAUCAGCGCAGCCACGGCCCGCAGCGGCUUCAGCACAUACAACCAUUUACCCCAUCGAAGCUAUCUCUCCUUAUUCUCACAAAUGGACUAUCAAGGCACGGUGCACGAGCAAGUCAAAUAUUAGGACCUGGCAUAACAGGAAUGGAGAUGGUAAGCUCUUCAGCGUCAAUUUACUGGACGACAGCGGCGAGAUCCGUGCGACUGGGUUCAAUGAUCAAUGUGAUAUGCUCUACGACGUUUUCCAGGAGGGCAGCGUUUAUUACAUCUCUAGCCCAUGCAGCGUUAAGAUUGCCAAGAAACAAUUUACCAAUCUGAACAAUGACUAUGAACUCACAUUUGACAGGGACACGGUUGUUGAAAAGGCAGAGGAUCAAGCCGACGUUCCACAAAUUAGAUUCAGCUUUACAACCAUCGGUGACCUGCAGUCUGUCGAGAAGGAUACCACCAUCGAUGUAAUUGGAGUACUGAAAGAGGUUGCUGAGGUUUCUCAAAUUAUGUCCAAGACCACCAACAAGCCUUAUAACAAACGUGAGCUUACAUUGGUGGACAGCACGGGAUUCUCUGUUCGCCUGACUGUCUGGGGAUCGUCUGCGCUGAAUUUCAACGUGACUCCCGAGUCUGUGAUAGCGUUCAAGGGUGUGAAAGUGUCUGACUUUGGAGGUAGAAGUUUAAGCUUGCUGAGUUCAGGUUCAAUGACGGUUGAUCCUGAUAUUGAGGAAGCCCAUAAAUUGAAGGGUUGGUACGACGCUCAAGGCCGGGAUGGAGUAUUUGCCUCACAUGCUUCAAUGCCUGGUGUAGCCGCAUCUACUGCAAAACUCGAACAGUUCAAAACUGUCGCACAAAUCAAAGACGAGCAAUUAGGAAUGUCAGAUGAGGUGGCCUAUUUCUCACUGAAGGCGACUGUCAUCUACAUAAAGCAAGAUACCAUGUGCUAUCCUGCCUGUCUUUCUGAGGGUUGCAAUAAAAAAGUAACAGAGCUUGAUCCUGGCCAAUGGCGGUGUGAACGUUGCGAUAAAACUCAUCCACGACCAGAGUAUCGCUAUAUAAUGCUCAUCAGUGUUAGCGAUCAUACUGGUCAACUUUACCUCAGCUGUUUCGAUGAAGUAGGCAGGUGCAUGAUGGGCCUUUCCGCAGACCAGCUCAUGGAGAUACGCCAGAACGAUGAAAAAGCUGCUGGAGAUAUUUUCCAGGAUGCGAAUUGCCGAACCUGGAAAUUCAGAUGUCGGGCCAAGCUUGACAAUUUUGGCGAUCAACAACGCAUUCGCUAUCAGAUAGUAACAGCGAAACCGGUUAAUUAUUCAGAAGAGGCACUGCGCCUUGCAAACACGAUCGAUUCAUAUAGUAUUGCGUCGUGAUACAUGACUGACUCGGUACUUUGGCUGGUGGUCGUGGCCCUUGCAUAUUUAUCGUUGAUCACACGCAACUGGACUGUGCCUGGGAAAGAAUACCUCUGACUUCCAGGAGGCGUGAUCAGAAUCCCAUGUGCAUACGACGGAGCUUAAUACGCAACACAUCAUGUUUUUUACUUUGCAUAAUGUUAACAUUAGUAUGUCACUUUGAUUCAUCUGCGGUUUACCAGACUAUGUGACAACUACAUCCCUUCUAUCCACAUGACUUUGUGGGCCCGCAAUUUCUUUGCGGCCAGAUGUUUCGGAUGAAAUAGUUUGGAUUAUUCUCGUAGCUUUAAUACCGUGGCUAGAUGACGCAGGACUUGGACAAUUUAUAAGAGCAGAGCAUUUG